GGUCUCGCUUGGCGUGCGACCGCCAAGGCCCGAGGCGGCUGGGGCCUGUGCGCCGCCGGGGGGGCCGGUGUCCUUGGCGUGGGAGAAGGAGGAGUGUAGAAGGGGUCCACCCGGUGUCGCCGGUCAUUUAAUGCCCGUGCCUGGCUCUCGGGUACCAAAGGAUGCUACAGCGUAGGGCACAGGGUUUUGUGCCCGUUUCAAGGGCGGAAGGGCGCAAGCCGGCAGUCUGUCUCCAAGGUGAAGUACAGGAAUCUCUACAAGCAAGUGUGCCAUCUCUCCAUGCUUCAAAUGCACAGGAGUCCAUAGGAGGCAGAUCACCAGCCUUCCAGAAUAUUUCACCUCUUAGCAGAGUACAAGGUAUACCAGACACUUCUGAAUUAGCAAGAAUCUUACCUCAGAAAUACAGAAGGAAACUUAUGUCUGAUGAAGAGAUUGAAUAUAUUCAACGUGGAGGUCCAGAAUGAGUAUGGAAGAUAGCUCACUGGCCACUGGUGAAGAACGAAGUAUUGUAUUCAUAAUAAAGGCAUUUCUUUAAUGUUAGAAA